AACCGGUUGGAACCAGAGAUGAGAUGUCGACGACGGCAAAACCUUCAGUGCGUUGUUUGGCACGAGGAAAGCUACCAAGGAUCGUCGUUUCUCGACGUUUGCCUGCUUGCAAUCAGGCUUUGUGUUAAAAAGGCUUCUUGCAAGCUUUGCUAUUGUGUAGUAUAUACCGACACAGCCGUUAGGGUCUCCACAUAGGCGCGUGGAUUGACGCUAUGUCGAAACAAAAAGUCGUUCUCCCGCCGGCGCUAGCCAAGUUGGUGGUCCAAUAUGUGCAGCACAAGAAAACGAUCAGUCGUGGUGCGCUCAGUGUCGCACUACUAGCGCUUGCCAUUCGUAUUCGUUCGGCAGUGAGCGGCAAGAAGAAGGGUAGUGGUAGCGAUGAUGCCGUCCGGCGCAGCCGCAGGGGCAAGGGAGGAAAGGAAGGACCCCGUGCUGAUGUCGAUGCCGUCUUUUUCCGGCGAUUGUCUCGUCUCUUGCGCAUUAUCAUUCCCGGCGUGUCAUCAAAGGAAUUUUGGCUUCUCAAUUUGUUCUCGGGCUUCCUACUGGGAAGGACCGUCCUCUCCUUGUACGUAGCCGAGCUCGAUGGGCGCAUUGUAAGCGCCUUGGUUCGAGGUCACGGCAAACAGUUCCUACUUCAUAUUGUGUAUUGGAUGGCUGUAGCCGUCCCAGCCACCUACACAAACAGUAUGCUCACGUUCUUGCAAAACAAGCUGGCCAUUGCUUUCCGGACGAGAUUAACAAACUAUCUUCACGAGAACUAUUUGGAAGACAUGACCUUUUACAAGGUUGGAAAUCUCGAUGAUCGUAUCAAGAACGCUGACCAGCUGAUCACUCAGGAUGUGAGCAAAUUCUGUUUUGCGGUAUCCGAGCUGUAUGCCAAUUUAAGCAAACCCACCUUGGACACUGUGCUCUAUAAUCUACAACUGGCCCGCAACGUUGGCGGAGAAGGAGUUUUUGGCCUCAAUGUUAUCGUUCAUUCUUCUGCGUGGGUGAUUCGAGUUCUUACCCCUGCGUUCGGCAAAAUGGUGGCAGAGGAACAACGCUUGGAAGGGGAGUUUCGAUACACGCACUCUCGUCUCAUCGAGAACGCUGAAGAGAUUGCGUUAUAUUCCGGCGACGCGGUUGAGAAAGGCAACCUGGACAGAAGCUAUUUUGCCUUGAUCCGCCAUGUCAAUCGCAUCUUCAAGACACGGAUCUGGCACGGAAUGAUGGAGGACUUUAUCAUCAAAUACUUUUGGGGUGCUAUGGGAAUGGCGCUGUGCGGAAUCCCCGCAUUCUUCGAAUUGCCCAAUGCCUCUGGAGGAAAUGACAUUGGUAGCCGUACACAAGGAUUUGUGACAAAUCGCCGUUUGCUACUCAGUGGCGCUGACGCGUUCGGUCGUAUCAUGUACUCAUACAAGGAAGUAACUGAACUCGCUGGUUAUACCGCCCGCGUGUCCGAAUUGCUUACCGUUUUCGAUGACUUAAAAGCCGGCAAAUUUCAAAAGACACUUGUGUCGAACGCCAACACUGACAUUCUGAAGCACCGUGGUAAAAUCGAGGAAGCGAAUAUUAUCCAGUUCAGUAACGUGCCCGUAGUGUCGCCCAAUGGUGACGUCCUUGUCAAAGACCUUAGCUUCCACGUGAAACCUGGUAUGCAUCUUCUGAUCGUCGGACCGAACGGGUCUGGGAAGUCUUCCUUGUUCCGCAUUCUCGGUGGGUUGUGGCCGGUCUACGGGGGUACCGUCAGCAAGCCGCACUACAAGAAAAUCUUCUACAUUCCUCAGCGACCGUAUUUGUCUCUCGGAACCCUACGUGACCAGAUUAUUUACCCCGAUACUUACGCAGAGAUGCAGGCGAAAGGAGUCACCGAUGAGCAGUUACAAGCUAUCAUGGAAGUUGUGCAAAUUGGCAAUCUCGUCGAACGUGAGGGAGGAUGGGAUGUUGAGAAAGACUGGAAGGACGUUUUGGCGGGUGGUGACAAGCAACGUAUAGCAAUGGCCAGAUUGUUUUACCACCGUCCCCGGUACGCCAUUCUCGAUGAAUGUACGUCCUCUGUCAGUAUGGACAUUGAACGUAUCAUGUACACCCACGCCCAAGACCUCGGCAUCUCGUUGAUUACUGUCUCACAUCGCCCUAGUCUGUGGAAGUAUCACAACUGGAUUCUGCAAUAUGAUGGUCAGGGUGGUUACGUGUUCACAAAAUUGAAUGCUGAACGAAGAUUGGCGCUCCAGGAGGAAAAGAACGCGAUUGAGCAUAAGUUGAUUGAGGUACCGAAGGUGGAGAAAAGGUUGAAGGAGUUGCGAGCAAUAGUGGAAGGCAGAUCUGCAACGGGAAGCGAAGCAAGUGACUCGAGCGAGAUCAGCGACGUGGAAUAGGUGCAUCCAGCCAAUACUGGCCAUGGAUUUGACAUUUAUUGGAUUAGUGCUACCGUAUCAGAAGAGAGCAUUCCCUACUUUUGAUAGAUAUUUGUAACUCAUAUAUGUGAAUGAUGCUUGAGAGGGUAGUAAAUUUCGUUUAUUAUGCACCGGCCUCCAAGCUUUACCCUACUGUUA